CGGAUUCUUCUUCGUGUGUUUGUUUGCCAUGUUUGCGGAAGCUUGAACCCCUCAGCUAGCAGAAGGCGUUUAACUUUUAAUUUUGUUGCAGCGUAGCUGUCUGUGUGUGAGUUCAACAUGAAUCUACCAAAGGGACCAGAGUCCUUGUGCUUCGAUAAAGAUGUUUUUAUGAAGGUAAGAUGUCAACGGAGUUACCUUUCGUUCCGUGGCUAAGGCUAGCUUUAGCUAUCAAACUAGCAUCGGCCGGUUCACAGUUGACACAUGAUAAACAUCUUUGUAUUUGAUCAGAUAUCGAUAAGUGUGGAUUUUUCUGCGUUUACAUAUCAAGUACAGUCUAGUCAAAUGUGAAACACCCCAGUUGUUUGCAUUAAUGUUCUUUAAACACGAGCAAACGAGUGAAAUGUCUUUAAACUGCAUGUUUGAGAACUGAACCCUGGUCUGCUUCCCCUCAAAACUCUUUGAAAAGAGCAAGUUUGACACUUUUAAAGUUGUUGUGUGUUAGGCUGAUUACCAGAUGUGUGCUUGAUCCUUCCAUCUGCCUGUCUGUCUGUAGGAGGACUUCGAUGUGGACCAGUUUGUGGCCGAGUGCCGGAAGCAGGUCCAGCUGGAGGAGAUGAGAGAGGACCUGGAGCUCUACUAUAAGCUGCUGAAAACGGCCAUGGUGGAGCUCAUCAACAAGGACUAUGCCGACUUUGUGAACCUUUCUACCAACCUGGUCUGUUGCACCUCUAUUGUGUUUGCAUCUAUUAGACAUGAUACCAACAGACUGAGGCAGAUAGGAGAGGAGAGAGGAUCUAGAAACCACAGAAAAACCCGUCCGUGCCAUGACAUAUGAUUAUAAUAAUAAUGCAUAUAUUUAUAUAGCACUUUAAAAAACAAUAGCUCACAAAUUGCUUUAACAUGCAGGAAGAAAAAGAAGAUAAAACAACAUAACAAGAGAACACCUGGGGAAAAUGAAAAUAUGGCUCAUCUUACCCCACUCUCCCCUUUUUAUUCUCAUAUGCUCGCACACACAUUGUAGCGUCUUUAUAUACUCAGACUACUCAUAACAUAAUGAACACCUGGGCAGUCCAAUGUAACUCAUUACAUUAUGUUUGUUAAUGACGUGGACAGGAUCUAAGGAACACCUUUCAAAUAUAACUUACUUCAGUUGACAACCAUCACCUACUAUGUCUACUACUCAAUGUUCAUCAUGUUGUGGCUGGUUGGUGAAUAUUGUCACAUGUUCUUUCUUUACAGGUUGGGAUGGACAAAGCCCUCAACCAGCUCUCUGUGCCACUUGGACAGCUAAGAGAAGAAGUUAUGGUACAUAGUUCAUUAUAAUAAGUCAGUUCAGUUAGCUUUAAGCAGCUCUAAUCAUGAAGUGCUCAUUGCCUGCAUGGGCCUUGCAUUUAUGUGUUGCAGAGUAUGCGAUCCUGUGUGAGCGAGGUGAUUGAGGCUAUUGACGGUCAGCUGUCCAAACAGAAAGACCUGCAGAAGAAGAAGGUUUGGUUCCUUCUUUGACUUCAUUUCAUUAAACUUUGUUUUCAUCAUUUAGAAAUGUAAAACCUGAAGUUUACAAUAUGAAAUCUACUCAUAUCAUAAACUUGCGAAACUGUUUCAAACUUUAGCUCUAAUAUUGCCUCUACCUUAUUGGGAUAUUGACUAUGUUCAAACUGUCCCAUUCACAAGGUGUGUGUCCUGAGGCUGAUUCAGGUGGUGCGCUCAGUGGAGAAGAUUGAGAAGAUCCUACACUCGCAGAACUCCAAAGAAUCAAGCUCUCUGGAAAUCAGCAGGUGGGAAACUCAUAUGCCAGCACUUAGUACACAACCCAUCAUUUCAUGUGGACAAGGUGUUUACCAAGUAAAUGCAGUUUCAAUAUUUAUUUUACAACAUUUGUUCUAGUCAGGUAUGGCACAAAGGGAGUCCAACAAUAGACCAAAUGAAAUUAAUAAAACAAAACCUCUGUGCUCUCAUCUUUUCAAAGCUGCAUCGUAAUCAUCUGUGUUUGCUUUUCUUUUACUUUGAGAUGUGCUUUCCAGUGUAAACAAACAUCCAUGUCGCAAACACAUGAUUAGAACCACAUCAGUCGCGCAUAACCUUUAUAUCUGGCUUCAUCUUGGUUUGUCUGCCUGUUUGCAGUCCCUUGUUAGCAGGUCAGAUCCUGGAGAGGAUCGCUACUGAAUUCAACCAGCUGCAGUUCCAUGCGGUACAAAGUAAAGGCAUGCCCUUACUGGACAAAGUCAGACCUGUAAGUGGAAUUCAAGUCAUAACUCAGUUCAACAGCUGAUAAACCAAUAAAGUGUCUGCCAGUCUUUUAGUUAUCAUCAAAUGUCUCGUUCCAGUUUUGAUUUUGAUCGAUUUUGUCCUCUUAGCUGAGGUUUCUCUGUGUUGAGUUGAAUCUUUUUAGCUGUGACCUGAUAGUUUCUGUCCUCUGUCAGCGUAUAGCAGGAAUCACCUCCAUGCUGCAGCAGUCUCUGGAGGGCCUGCUGAUCGAGGGGCUGCAAACAUCCAAUGUGGACAUGGUGCGACACUGCCUGAGGACGUACGCCACCAUAGAUAAGACCCGAGAUGCUGAGGCCUUGGUAGGACAAGUGCUGGUCAAACCAUACAUGGACCAGGUAAAAACAUGCUGCACAGUUUUGGAGUUUUAAGCUGCACAAUGGGAGUUUUUUUGUGUUGUAGAGUGGUCAUACUCAGGAUUGAAAAGCACCUUAGCUCACCCACCAGAAACAAAAAACAUACAUGUCACUAGUUUGUCUGGUCUGGGAAACUGUAGCAACAUAGCAGUGCAAGAUGGUGGCCUUUGUAGAAGGAGACACAAUCCUCUGAGUUUAUAAAAGGCUGAUUCUAAUUUAACAAAAACAAAAAUAUUUUUACAGUCAGGUGAUUUAAAGUCAUUUAAACAUGUUUAUUCAUCCUAAAUUCUUUUUUCGCCCAUUCUGUUCUGCAAAGUACUGCUGAAUACUUCACACUGUACCUUUAAUGCACUGUACAUCCAUUACAUGACUGCUUUGCUUAAGGCAUUAACCUUACAAACCUGUCCUCUCCUUUUAUAAGGUGAUAGUAGAGGAGGUGGUGAAGUCAAAUCCAAAUGGUCUCCAGUUGAUGUACACCAGGCUUUUGGAGUUUGUACCUCAUCACUGCAGACUCCUCAAAGAGGUCACAGGUGGAGCUGUAUCCAGGUAUUGAUGUUGUCAGUGAGGUCAUUCAAUUCAGAGCAUGCAUAGAGCAUCAUAUCACAAGGACUUUAACGUAUAAUCAUAUAUAUUAUCUCAGAGAGUUGAACGUGAAGGUUUUUUAUUGCAAGUCUUAGAUGCUGCACAAUAAAUAAUUUUUUUUUUUUUACACAUACUGAUUUUUAAACUGCUGAUUUCCCCUCUCACCUCAGUGACAAAGCUGACACAGUGCCAGGUUAUGACUUCCUGGUGAACUCUGUGUGGCCAGAGAUCAUCAAAGGUAUUGAGGAGAGGUUGUCUUAUCUCUUUAACCCUGGAAACCCAGACAUAUUCUUUGAGGUAAAGCCACACUCACGCUGUUUAUGUUUGUAUGUAUUCACUUCAUAAAAAGCUGUACUGGUGUACUGUCACGUAAUUUGGGCAUUACACUGAUAGUGCUUCUUGUCUGUGUCUGUGUUUACUGUUUACUCUCUAUCUCCUGUUUUAGCGUUACAGCGCAAGCAUGGAGUUUGUGCGGAAGUUUGAGCGUCAGUGCAGCUCGCAGGCCAGUGUGAAGAGGCUAAGAGUUCACCCUUUGUAUACCAGCUUCAACAACAAAUGGAACCUGCCUGUUUACUUUCAACUACGGUACGAUUUCUCAAUGUCAUCAGCACAAAUUGAAUUUAACAUAUAAAGCAUGUAGAUGACACUUUGCAGAGCUUUUUGGAGACGAAACAGAAUUGAGGGAUAUUUAAGACAUUAUACUGUAAUAAAGGUUAUCACAAAGGGUUGUUAUGUUGGACAUAGUAUCAUAUGAAAAAAUAUAAGCUAGAUUCAGUGAUGACAGACAGAUCCUAAGAGGUCUCAUAAUCAGUUUCUUUCUCAUAGUACUGCUGAGAUAUGAGUUGUUGGGGCUGAUUCACUGUUACUCCAAAAUAUCAGUGUAUUUCUUGUAUUUAUUUAUUUAUUUUUUUCUAAAUAAGCAAUCUUUUCAGGUGUUAGGAUAUUUUGGAGUUCAUGGCAUACUGCCUGUGUGCAUCUUCAACUUAGAGAUACACGGAUCCAAUUUUUUCUGAUCCAAUCCAAUACAAAUACCUGGGCUGAGCGUUUCGGCCGAUAUCCGAUACUGAUCCAAUACUACUGUUGAAUGAAUGAACUGUAUACCUUGCCCUGUGAGUGAAGGCAUCAGGCUUGACAUUUGCCUUGUUAAAAAUAGGUAACAAAUUAGCACAGAUAUAAAUGUACUUAAUAUUAUUUAUUUACAAAUAACAAAUUCCACUUUACUACACAGCAAAAAGAAGUAAGACUUCCAAUGUUUUAAAAGAAAAAUUAAUUAAAAAAAAAAAGACUGGAUCAGUGUCAUUCAUCAGAUCCAGUUAAUUUGUCAAUAACGGAGCCAAUAUCCGAUCCAAAUAUUGGAUCAGUGCAUCCCUACCUCAGGUACAUAAACUUAAAUUACAGAGAGGAUUAUAGUCUAUUUAUUCACUGUAAGUCACCAUUUUAUUCAACUCUCUGCAAGAAAGAAUAUGGCUGUAUUUCAUGAAAUAGAUAUCCAUUCUCUUUUCUUUCUCCUCUCCAUGCCUAGUUUUUGUUUGCUAUGACACACAUACUCACCUUAGAGUCUAUCACUUCUAUUCAGUGGCGAAUACGACCUGUGAAUCUCGACUCUUCAGCUUAAAUGACUCUGGUUCCUGUGAGUCAGGGUUGAAUUUCUACACAGCAUGCAUUUUUGACGUCUGGUGUUGCAUGAAGGUCUCAAGGGACGAGCUUUGAUUAAAACUGCUGUCUGUAUUUUUUUAGCAAAAAGACAACUUGGCAGAUGUUCAGAAUUUUUGAAGAGGCUUUCUUUUACAGGAAUGUGAAAGUUGCUCGUGGGUACGAGCUCCAUGAAAAAUGAUGACAGGCGGAGAAAUAUGAAUUGAGAAUGUGUGUCAGCGUAUUACUAAAUAACACCCAUAAAUAUGACUCUGCAUCUUCACUGACUGGCCAGUGAUCCAUGUAAAAAGUACAUUUUUUGUGUUUGUCGACGUCCUUACACCCCCAGAAAAAUGCACACACUGUAAAGAUUACAGCUCGCGUCCUCGUUUCACAAUGCAAACUUGCAUGCCAGCUUUUCUGGGAAGUCCAAAGUUUCAGUCGAACACACGUCACAGGCACCUGCGUAUCAGAGCAGAAGUAUUAGCUCAUUGUUUAUUGAUUGUUUUGAUCUCUCUCUCUCUGUAUGUCUUGUCCUUGUUUUCAGGUACAAAGAAAUAGCAGGAAGUUUGGAGAAUGCUGUAAGUGAUGGACUAGAGGCAGCACCAGGUAGGAGUUUAGCUCUGUCGUGAUCAUCAGUGUUUGCUUAAUGCUACUUAUACUGCACUAACAAGGUAUCUUUUCAUGCCUAGCUGGCAGUGCGUACCACCUGCAGGUAUCUGAGGUGUUGUGGUCCUGCUUACAGAGGUGUUGGUCCGACAAAAUCUACCUAUCACCCCUCGCACAUCGCUUCUGGAAGCUCACUCUUCAGCUUUACGCUCGAUACGCAAAGUUUCUUGAUGAGGUGAACCAAAGAGAACCUACAUAGAUUCAGUGAUCGUUUAACAGAGCAGCAAUUCUAACUAUAGUCUUUACAAAGGAAGAGUGAUGCGAACAUUACCUGCGCUUUGUGUCCUCAAAGGUAUUAACAAAGACUUCGACCCCAGAGGUGACCAAAGAGCCAACCAGGCCUCUGCCGAGCUCAGCCUCCUCCACCUCUAGUCGAACAUCGCUGGAGGAGGGCGGCAGCGAGAGUGGAAGUCCUGCUUCCCUGUCCACCAAACAGCUGGUUUACAUCGCAGCUGACAUCCAAAAACUGCAGGACCAGGUGCUCACACAAAUUUAAUACACGUAUUCACUUAAGUAUCCCCAAUUUAAAUGCACGUAUUUCAUUGUCAACCUUAAUCCAAUUGUUUUAUCUGUGACAAAGUUUUUCUUUUUCAAAACUUGUUCAAUAACUCCUCAGAUACCAGAGCUGGUAGAGAUGGUAAAACAGCGAUUAGAAGCCAUUGGAUUCAAAAACGUACCUCUUGUGGAAGGUGAGCAACUCUUCAAGUGUAUAUUGCAAGUGAUGAAGUUUUUUUACUUCAUUUUUAGAGUUUGCUGUGUCUGAAGUUCAAGAUUUUAUUGGGGAAUGAGGAAGAUAUGUAUGACAAAAUUUCAAGACAAUUAUCACUGGUAUGAUAAAUUAUUAUCAUACCAGUGAGACUUUAGCACUUUGGAGGGGCUAGAGUGGGGGGUGGGGGGCAAGAACUGCACUUAAUCUGCAGCUUGUUGACGUGUCAUUGCAUGAGCUGUGUCAUUGCAAACCUGCAUCUGUUGUUUACUGACAUUUAAAGAAUUUAUAGUUCAAUCCCCAACAGCCUUUUGAGAAUGACUGUAUCUCAGUCUCAGAAAAGAAAUUAAGAUUGAAAGACUCGUAGAUCUUUCAGUUCAGUGGUGUUUUCUUCUAUUUCAGAUGCUCUGUCCGACUCAAAAGCCUGCCUGUCAAGUAGCAUCCCCACUCUGAAUAACAAGAUGACCCAGCACCUGACUGAACGCAGUUGCCGCUUCCUAAAGAGCGCCUCUGAGGUUCCCCGACUCUACCGCAGGACUAAUAAGGUCAGUGAAGCGUAACACAUGCAAACGUAUGUAUUUCCCUCUGAGCUGGAACAUCGCUGGUUUGAUUAAACCUGGAGGGCUGAUGCUCUGUCAGCCGUGUUGUGGCUUAUAUGUCUCCUCUGAUGGAAAUGGCACAGUCAAAAGUCAAAUUUCACUUUUAUAAACUGCAUCGGCUGGCUAGACUCUAAGGGUAAUCAGAUCAUGCAUGUGAAUCAAUGAAUCACAAUGGUAUUUGAUUUUGGUACCGUCAUGCUCCAAAUAUUUUAAUGUAAGGAUGGACACAUAAAAUCAAAGAAAGAUGGUUUUGGAGCCUCUGAGAGUUCAAAAAUAUAAACUCAUAGGUACUUUAAUUACCUGUCCAGUUGUUUACCAUGAACACAGUGCUGAUCCUGUUUAAAUUUUUACAUGUGAAUCCUAAUUUAGUGUGUUAAUAAAACAGCACACUGUUUUUUAGGAUGUGCCUGUGCGUGCUUCAGCCUACAUGGAUAACGCCUUACGCCCGCUGCAUCAGCUGCUGACAGACUCGACAGGGCUGGUUACUCCCUCCACAGCACAGGAGUGGCUUCGUGUUGCACUGUGUGAAUGCACACAGAGGUAAGCAGACAUGCAAAAAUGAAUAGAGUCAGAAAGCGUCUUAGUUUUGAGGAAAUAAAAAAAUAUAAAGUCUGUGAGUGAGUGUACUUUUUAAAAUUUGAAAUAGCUUAAAGACUAGUUUUAGUUUUAGUUUUAUUUCUAGAAAUCUAACCCACAAUGUGAGUGUUUACCUUUUACAUGUUCCCUCUUUUUUUGUGUUCAGGUACUAUGAGACGAUCUCUGAGGUGCUCAGUUCGGUGAGAAAGAUGGAGGAAAGUCUGAAACGACUGAAGCAAGCCAGAAAAGGUGCAAACGCAACCACAACAGCAGGAGCAAACGGUGGACCCACAGACGACGGCAAGAUCAGACUUCAACUGGCACUGGAUGUGGAAUAUCUGGGAGAACAGGUAGGUGGUUGAAGUACAAAAAAAUCCCCAAAAUUGUCAUUAAGCACCAUUAAAGGGCAAACAUCACCUUGAAAUGAUUUGAUUUUCUUCUGUUUUGUGUCUCAGAUCCAGAAGAUGGGUCUGAAGCCAGGGGACAUCUCCAUGUUCUCCACUCUGAUGGACCUUGUGAAAGAGGCCCGAGAGCUCGCUGAGCAAAAUCAAUGAAAAGCUGACACCGCGUUGACGGAGAGGAAGAACAUGCUGCACUCAUACCUGUAUUUCCUAAAUACUUGAGAAGUAAAACAAAGGUCUGGCUGGUAACAGGUAUGAUUUAUUGAAUGAAGAGGGAUGUAGGACAAGAACUGACACUACUGAGAUCCUUUUUUUAACCUUUUUCAUUAAAAGACAGUUUAUUUAAUGCCAACAUUAGUGCUAAAUUGCACAACAAGAACUUGCAAGUCAUUGUGCAUUAAACGGGAUCAUUACUCCUGCUGUUGGUACAUUAACAAAUUUACUUUAUAGUACUAUGAUACUGAUUUAUUCUAACCAAAUGACUGAUGUCGGCUGGUUUUAUCAUAAACUGUUUUACAGAAAAGUUUAUCAUAUUGCUCAUAUGUUGGGAAACACAAAUCAAAGAGAAUGUGAAUGUCUGCUACCUGGUGAAGGAUUUAUCUAAAAAGAAGAGUCUUAGUGUAAAAACAUUUAUCUGAAAGUCUAAAGUUGUUUAUUAAAAUAUCUUUAAUGUUAUAUAAUUUGGAAUAAAGUGGAGGCUUUGGGUAAA